GCACCUAGCUGACUCCCACUCACUCACUCCCCACCUGCGUUGAGUGUAUCCGACAGUAAAAGGCUUGAAGCAGCGCCCUCACACAGCGGCUGGCUGACAGACAGCGGCCUGCUCAUUAAUUAUAGCAGAGCUGAGCUGAGCUAACGUUAGAUAGAGUUAAAAUUAGCCCGAGUGAGUGGAGGGAGGGCAGCCUAGCUUAGCCGUGCUAGCUGUUCAGCACCUCUCCCAUGUUUGACAGUUGUCCAGAACUGAAGCACAAAGAGGUCAUAUAAGCUGCGUUAGUACUGUGGAGUUUCUAAUGCUGAACCAUGGAUGAGGAGGACAGCCAGGAUGAGCUGAUCAAUAAGAACGCUUCUCACGGAAAAGGCAAGAGGCCUGCCUCAUCUGUUCUCUCCGAUGAAGAGGAAAAUUCAGAUGGUGGAGAUGACUCACAAGAAGGUGCAACAGACAGUGAGGAGGAUGAUGAAGAAGAUGACGAUGAUGCCUCCGUAGAUCGAGAAGAUGAAGAUGGUGAGGAAGAGGACGGGGAGGAUAGUGAACAUGAGGAUGCCCAGAAGGACCUGGAGGGGGCUGUAGGGAGCACAUCCACUGACCUGGCUGGGCUGAGCUCAGAUGAGGAUGCAGAGAAAUGCCCCAUCUGCCUCAACUCCUUCCAUGAGCAACCAGUGGCUACGCCUGAGAGCUGUACACACUACUUCUGUCUGGACUGCAUUCUGGAAUGGGCCAAGAAUGCUAACUCCUGUCCUGUGGACCGGAUAGUCUUCAGUAAUAUCCUACUUCGAAAAUGCUUUGGAGGCAAAGUCCAGAAAACGAUAACGGUUCAGAAGACAGUGAAGGCUGGUCAAGAGGAGCAGGUGGAUCUGGAUUUGGAGCAGACCAGCUGUGAGGUGUGUGGUGGAUCGGACAGAGAAGACCGCCUGCUGCUGUGUGAUGGCUGUGAUGCUGGGUACCACAUGGAGUGUUUGACACCCCCUUUGGAUGCUGUGCCUGUUGAGGAGUGGUUUUGCCCAGAAUGUGCACCAAACAACCGCAACACAAGAAGAGAGCGAUCAAGUGAGGUUGAAAGCAGCAUUCUUCCCACCACCAGCCGCUCUCGGCUGCCUACCUCAAGGCCCACCAGAGCCAUUGCGCGCACUCAGCACAGCGAGAGGGUCCGCGCCAACAUCAACAGACACCGUAUCACACAGGCACGCACUGCUGCACAGUUUGCUCCCCGGUACAUGAUGCAGUCCACCUGGCUGGACGAGACCAUUAACGCUGUGGUGGCUGGACUCAACACAGCUGUAUAUGUGCGGGACUUGACUCCCCGCCCACGGUCCCGCAGGAGACGAAGGAGAGUUAAAAGAAGGAAAACUAAAAAAGAAGGGAAAGCCACUGGGGGCAAAACAGCAAGCACGGGUGUGAAGAGACGGAAGCGUAGAGUGAGGAGGACAAAGUCAAGAAAAAAAUUGGUGCAGAAGAUGAAGACCACUACUCGAGGUCGUAUCGCACGCAGUCUGGGCAUUAAGAAGCCCAUUCGCAGCUCUUCCAUUCCCUCUGUGUACCGUCCAUCUGAGCAAACACUUGGCAGCAUGAGAGCAGACAUUGGGGCAGCCUCCCUCUCUAUUUAUGGAGACCCUUUUGAUCUUGACCCCUUUGAUGAUGAGAAUGAGGAGACACAGCAGGCACCAACUCCGUCCUCUUUGCUAGAGGCUAAGCGGCGGGGUUUGUCAUGCUCUGCCUUGCGCUCCCACCAGCCGGUGGCCCGACCCAUAUCUGCAGGUUUACCCAGCAGGCGAGGGCAAGGUAUCCCUCAGGUGCAGGAGGUGGCUGAGGCUGCGCCGGUACCAGACCUGCUGGGCAGCAUCCUCAGCGGUCAGAGCAUGCUACUUAUGGACAGUUCUGAUGUGAUCAUCAACAGAGAUGGCUCCCUCAAAGCCACCAAACCUGUGAGUUUGUCUUUGCCAAGGACCAGCAUCUCAGGCAGCUCAACUUCAGAAGAAACACAGAGCACACCCUCCACAGAAGCAAGUCCCUUUCAGUCCAACAGGCAGCCUGCAUCCUCCUCCUCCACCUCACCCUCUGCCCGCCCCUUACAGAGACGUUCAUCACACAAUUCCCCACUUACCUGUCCUGCCCCUAUGACGCCUGUAUCUCCCUCCUCACCCACUUCACUUACACCCUCAUCCGUCCUUGGGCACUCACGAUUGCAUACGCCACUGCCCCACAGACCAGUGCCGUCACACCCUGCUGGAUCUGAACACAGUCAAUGGGGCACCUGUGGGUUCAGAGGCCAGCCCCCAACAAGGGUUCCAAGUGGUGCCUCUGACUCUCGCUGUGGAGUAAGGGGAGAUGCUUCUCAGCAGUCCUCUGCAAAAAAGCCUCCACCCAAGCCAGUAUGGCUGGAUGUGUCUGGAUUGCCAAGGAUACCAAAGAUUAAAAGGGAAGGCGGUUCUGCAGUGCAUGGCAGCAGUGGGAGCAAUAGCAACAACUUGCCAGCAUCUUCCGUGACCAGUUUAGCAGGUGACAAAGGGAGGGAGCAUACUGUUGACCAGCAGCGGACAAGUGCAAGUCAGCAGAGUAGGGCAGUAGACAGCCAGAGACACAGGCUACACAGUACUGGACCUUCUUCCUCUUUUUCUAACUCUUUCUCUGCUCCCUCGUCCUCGGGCAGUGUAACGUCAAAUCCGCGGCCAUCGUCGUCUUCUGCUAUUAGCUUCCGCAUUAGCACGAGUGGGAACCCAUGGCAUGCUCGGCGGCUUUCUGCACCCGAACCGGCUCUGCCUGUGAAAGAUGAGUCUGCAAAGAAGACGCAGAAAGACAAGCAAAAGCUGCUAACGUCCCAUUCCCAGGCUAAAAAGGCCUCUGUGAAGAGUGAGAUUUAUGAUCCCUUUGAUCCCACAGGGUCUGAUUCGUCAGAAAGCGAAGCUGAGAAUGAUUGUCCUGAGAUGGAACCCCAAAGCGGUGUGUCCAUGCAACCGGCUGUGGAACAAACUGAAGGUUCCGUACAUCAGGUUAAAACAGAGCCCAUGGACAUGGAUUCACCUGUGGAAGAAGGACAUUCUGAAAUGUGUGUGCAAGUUAAAAAGGAGCCAUCUCCUUUCAAGGAUGACCCAUGGCCACUGUCGUCGGAUCAGUUAGCCAGCGGACAUGUGCAAAUGCAGUCUGGGAGUCUUGCUGCUGUUAUGGCUUACAGUGAAAGCCCUGCCAUGUCUGAUGCUGAGAGUAGUGGAACGCCUGAAAGCCCAUUUACCAAAGCAUUGGGUCGCUCCAGAUCGAGCUCAACCUCCAGUCAUCACAGUGACAACAAAGUGAAGAUAGAGGUGAAGGCUGAACCAGAAGAUGAGCCAUCUCCAGUGCAGCCCAAGUGCAAGUCUGAGCCUGAAGUCCCCAAAGGGAAUGGCUUGUGUGAUGAAGUGCCAUCAUUAGCAAGCAGCUCUGAUGUAAGCAACAAGAGCAAGGAGCAGGAAAUGUCACCAUGCCCCCAGCCUGAGGAAUUAGGCAGGCAGUCAGAGUCUGCUUCCCAAAGCCCUCCCUCCAAAGACUUUGAAUGCUGUAAUAAAAAGAAGAAACACUCAAGGUCAGAAGAAAGAAGGCACUCACCCUCUAGAUCUCCAGGCUGCAGGCAGUCUCGCUCGAGAUCGAAAGAAAAAAGGCGGUCUCGCUCGAGAUCAAAAGAAAAAAGGCGAACUCGUUCACGAUCUAAAGAAAAAAGGCGAUCUCGCUCACGAUCUAAAGAAAAAAGGCGGUCUCGCUCGAGAUCGAAAGAAAAAAGGCGGUCUCGCUCGAGAUCGAAAGAAAAAAGACGAUCUCGCUCAAGAUCGAAAGAAAAAAGGCGAUCUCGCUCAAGAUCUAGAGAGCGAAGGCGCUCACGUUUACAAGACAGGAGGCGCUCAACUCGCUCCAGUAGUAAUGAGAGCUCAAGGAAGAGGAAAGCAAAGCGGGAUAGCCGUGAGCGAUAUGAUGGCAGAUUGAAAGAUGGACACAAGAGAUCCAAAGAGAAAAAGCACUCUCGCUCUCGCUCCAGAUCUAGAUCAAGGUCCAGAGAGAGGAGGAGAGAGCAGACAUCCUCACACAGGUCUUCCUCAGCAUCAAGAGAUGGAGGCGAGGCGAGGCCAAAAAGGAAGAGAUCUAGAUCAACCUCCCGAGACCGAAAAAGGAGAGCAGAUGUCCCGGAGAGCUCUCACCAGAAAGAAAGGAGCACUAACAAAUCUGCAGUAUCAACUUCUGCUGAGGCAACAGUGCCAAAUCACAGUUCGAACAAAAAUGCACUGGCAUUGAGGGACAAGACAGAUUCUGGAGGAAAUGAAUAUGAGACCAGAAUUUCAGUUGUGUCAGUUAAAAGGCAGAGUGAACCCAGUAGUCCUGGCUAUUCAACAUUAAUUGAAGAGUCUGAGAACCCUGAAGAAAUCACAAAAGAGACUCCUUUAGUUAGUGUGUCAAACAAACCACAUGAAGUCAAACCCAAAGAAAUUAAACAAGAAACCAUCUGGCCACUUGAUGAGGUGAGUGAGCCCCAGCUACAGAUAGAUAUAAAAGAAGAGAAGGAAGAAAGCUAUGAAUUGUGUGAAGAAUUAAAGACGCCUGAGGAAAUUAAGAAAGAAGACAUCACAACCACAAGUAUCACUGAGAAAUCCCAAGAAUUCAGUGAAAUCGGUUUGUCAAAUACAUCCACGCCUAGAAAUCAGACCGGUUACUCAUUACCUCAGGAUGAGAAAAGUACUAAUGACACUUUUGAACCAUCGAAACAGGUCAAAACAGAGCAAAUUUGGCCUGAUGACGAUGAUGAUGAUGGUGAUGACCCUUACAGAGAUACUGCUCUCGUCAUCAAUUUGUGCCCACCUGACCCUGCUCCCAUGGAUUGUAAAAAGGAGCCUGAUGGUGAGUCGUCUAGCUUGCCUUUGGUGGCAAAGGAAGAGAUGGAGGUAGAACCUCUCCAAGCACCUUGCCUAGUAAAGCAAGAACCUGUGGACUCCUCAGAUGAAGAUAUCAAUGUGGACUACUUAAUUGACAACUUGGACUUCAUUAAGAAAGAGAUGAAGGAGGGUUCAGUCACUGAUCCAGCAGGUGCUGUGGAGCCCCAACCUGUUACACAAGAGGUCUCAACAGAAUCUAAGCAGGAGAUGGAAUCACCAUUAGUCGUGGCCAGCACCAAGGCCAAAUCACAGGGAAAACGAGUUACCUGGAAUAUACAAGAGCCAGAGGGCCCUCAACCAGAAAAAAUUAGCAAGCUUGCUCUCUUCAAACUGAAACUGAAGCAGGAAGGGUCUCGCAAAGCUGCCUCCACCUCUUUCACACACAGCUCUAGUCAGGAGUCAGCCACAGUCCAGGUGGGAGCCAAACCAGCAGUAACAAGCCUCAACCCUCCUGCACAGGAGGGACAGUCAAACUCUGGCCAAGGAGGAUCAAAAUCUCAUAAGGAAGAGCUCUUACAGGACCCCCAACAGAAAGACAAGUACAUGAAGAAGCUUCAUAUGCAGGAGCGGGCCAUAGAAGAGGUGAAACUGGCCAUCAAGCCUUUUUAUCAGAAAAGGGACAUAACAAAGGAGGAGUAUAAAGAGAUCUUGCGAAAGGCUGUUCAGAAGGUGUGCCACAGUAAGAGUGGUGAAAUUAACCCAGUCAAAGUAGCCAACUUGGUGAAAGCCUAUGUGGAUAAGUACAAGCAUGCCAGGAAGCACCGUAAAAGUGGAAGCUCUGGGCAGAGUCAGAGUGCAGAAGGCCCGAAAGACUCAGAAACACCUGGGUGAUGACCACACCCUUUCAUGGACAACACUUCAGUCAGUCUGCUCAGUGCAUACAUUUUAUAAAAUGGACUUCCCUGAAAUCACAUGACUCUACUGGGAACUCUUAAGGGCUCAACAGUUGUAUAAUCAGUUGUUUAGUUAAUUGUUUUCUGUAUUGGUUUCUGUAUAGGUUUUUGCCUCUGUAUAGUUACUUAUGAAAAUAAUUACUGUCUAGGGUGGGAGGGAAAGGUCAUUUUACAGUGGUGGGGGUAAACAUAUCCAGAUGGAUAAUGGAGAUGCUCAACACACUUGUAUGCCAUUGUUAAUGACAGCACAUUUAAAGUCAGAAAUUUUAUCAUGUUAGUGAGUUGUAUCAGAAAAGUUGACAAAACCUGUUUUAUCAAAAAAAAUGAUAGACAUGGUUGUCAAGGAAAGUUCUGUAAUUAUUAGACAACUGAGGCCACUUUUUUCAUGUAUUAUGUUGCAGCAUAUUGUACUGCUAUAAUUAAAGCCUUGAGAUUGUAUGCCUUUGAAAAGCAGCCCUGUUCAGGAAAAAUGGUUGUUUGAUAAAAAGGAUUUGGACACUGAUGGUGUAGUUACAUAUGUUCAGUGAAAUAUAAGUUUCAUUGAGAGCAGCCUAUACUGGAGUGUGCUAUAGAUUUCAUUGAGAACAAUGAAAGUGCAGGUUUCAUCUUUGAUGAAAAGAAUUCUCCUUGACUUGCAACUAAUUUCUGACUGAAUUUCAGGAUGGCUAUACAAGCCUAGAGUGUACUGGCCUGUUGGUAACAGUAUGCAUGCCGUUGUGGAAAGUCUGCAAAGAAGCAUUAGUUAAGACAUAGAAUUCUCUGGGUAUGAACAAACACUGGAGAGAAUAUUCAUUUAAACUGAAAAUCUGCUGAUUAACUUCCAGUGAGUACUUUCAACGCCCGGCUUUUGUAAAGGGAUGUUUUAGACUCCUGGCAUCAUCUCUAGCCUUUGUGUGUGUGUGUUUUUUACAGUUUUUCCAGAGUAAAGCAGAGCAAUGUACAAGAAAUUUAGCUUUAUAUACAUGGUGUAGUUUAAUUUGAGGAACUGACUAUUGUACCUUGACACAACUGUAAUAUACCUUUUAGUUAAACUGAAAGCUAACAUUUUUGGUUUUGUUCUCAUACAUAAGCUACAUGAACAAACAUUUAACUGCAGUUUUCAAAUACAUCUGAUUAACUAAAUAUAAAAUUAUAUUUUCUGAAUGUGUUUGCCAAUGAGUUUCUGCUAAAUAUGACACAGCUGUGUCAUUUGCCAAUGAUGAUUUGUGUUUAAUUUUUUAUGGACACAUUGGACAGAGCUUUGGAGUAAGAAGGAAUACAAAGAUGCACAGUCUGAUCAGAGUGGUGCUGCACUGUUACAAUGAGGUAGGGCCACAAUUGUGAAUGAUAUUCUCUUAAAUGACAGAUUUUGUCUUUCUAAAGACACAUCUUUCAGCAAAUUGCUUUUGAUGUUAAUUUUAUUCUUUUCUUUCCUUUUUGCAUCAGUAAUCUGUUUCCCUGUCAAGGACAAAUACAACAUUGUGGAAAUGAAAAAAGGAGGCAUUAUCAUAUUUGGUGAAG